AAUGUUCCUUAAUAAAUAAGGCUUAUUAGAAGAUACAAAUUAGCCUGAGCUCCUAAAAGAACAAGUAUAAAAAAAUGGGCACACUUCCACAAAGGAUUCCAUUUUUUCAAACACAAAAUUUGAAAAAAAUAUGACUUAUUUUCAUAUAAUGGGUAUGAUAUUAUACAAUAUUAUCAAAGGUCAUGAUGAACCACAUGCAAUAAGAAGAAGACAAAUACUUGAGAAGCACCCAGAAAUAAAAAUUCUUUUUGGACCAGACCUUAUGUCAGCAUGGCUUGGGGUUGGUAUAGUUCUGGCUCAAUUUUGGUGUAUAAACUUCUUUGCAACCACAAAUUGGUUAUGGUAUCUAGUCUCAUCCUACUGCAUCGGAGCAGUCUUAAGUCAUGCUCUUCAUGCUUUAAUGCAUGAUUUUACUCAUUACUUGUGUUUUGAGAGUGUGUAAUACAAUAAAUUGAUGGCCAUCUUCUUAAAUUUUGGUUAGGGAGUUCCAUCAGCCAUUACUUUUGGAAGGUAUAUUUUUUUUUUAUAUUUUAUAGAUAUCAUUCAGAUCAUCACACGUUUAUGAAUUUACCUGAUUUAGAUCCCGAUUUGCCAUCCUAAUGGGAGGUAGAUCAUGUCAAAGGGCCUUUGCGUAAAUUUUUGUUUAUGCUUUUUUUGCCUUUAUUCUAUUCGCUUAGACCUAUGUUCAUAAGACCCUUGAUACCAAAUAAAUAUGAGAUCUUAAACUUAGUGUCAAUAAUUGUAUCAAAUACAUUGAUAUACAGAUAUAUGGGACCAUCUGCAUUGGGGUGGUUAAUAUUAUCAACCUAUUUUGGAUUAAGGUAAGAAUUAAAUUAGUAUUUAAUAGUGUACAUCCUCUAGCUGCUCAUUUGAUCACUGAACACUAUGAAUUUAUCAAUAGAUUAGAAACAUAUAAUUAUCUCGGAAUUGCCAACUUUUUAAUUUUAAAUUUAGGAUAUCAUACAGAACAUCAUGAUUUCCCUAAUAUUCCAUGGUCUAGAUUGCCUCUAGUUAAGAAAAUUGCCCCUGAAUUCUAUGAUUCAUUACCAUAUCAUACAAACUACACUUUAGCUAUUUUGGCAUACAUAUUUGAUGGAUACAUGGGGCCUUUUUCAAGGAUUGUCAGAAAAGAGCUCAAAUAUAAUGGAAAAACAAAAUGA